AUGGCUUCUUUGGUGGGGCAACUUGUGUUUGCCUUAGAAGGCCCAAAUGGAUAUAAAGUUUGGGAAGAUCAGUCUUUCAUCAAGUGGAAUAAGAGAGAUCCUCAUGUCACUUUACGUUGCCAUGAUUCUGUUGAAGGUUCUCUUAGAUACUGGUAUGAACGCAAUAAAGUGGAUCUUUCUGCAUCCAAAACUGCUGUUUGGGAUGACGAAGCUGUUCAAGGAGCUCUUGACUGUGCUGGGUUUUGGGUUCAAGGCUUGCCUUUCGUCAAGUCUUUGUCUGGUUAUUGGAAAUUUUUCUUGGCUCCUAAUCCUACCAGUGUUCCUAUGAAUUUUUAUGACAGUGUAUUUCAAGAUUCUGAGUGGGACAAAUUACCUGUUCCUUCCAACUGGCAGAUGCAUGGAUUCGAUCGCCCAAUUUAUACCAAUGUUGUGUAUCCAUUUCCACUUGAUCCUCCUCAUACUUCUGUUGAUAAUCCUACUGGUUGCUAUAGGACUUACUUUCACAUUCCUAAAGAAUGGCAAGGUCGUAGACUAUUCUUGCACUUUGAAGCUGUUGACUCGGCAUUCUGCACAUGGAUCAAUGGAGUGCCUGUUGGAUAUAGUCAGGAUAGUAGACUACCUGCGGAGUUUGAAAUUACGGACAACUGUUAUCCAUGUAGUUCAGACAAGCAUAAUGUUCUAGCAGUUCAAGUUUUUAGAUGGAGUGAUGGUUCUUACCUUGAAGAUCAAGAUCAUUGGUGGUUAUCUGGUAUUCAUCGUGAUGUGCUUCUUCUAGCGAAGCCACGGGUGUUCAUUGCAGACUACUACUUUAAAUCAAAUCUGGCUGAGGAUUUUUCUUAUGCAGAUAUUCAGGUUGAAGUGAAAAUUGAUACCUCUCGAGAAGCAUCUAAAGAUAGUGUCCUUGCCAACUUUGGCAUAGAAGCAGCAUUAUAUGACACCAGGAGCUGGUACAGCCAUGAUGGAAUUAGCGAUCUGCUUUCAUCUAAUGUGGCUAAUAUAAAGCUCAGUCCCUCUAGUGCAAGUGUAGACUUUCCUGGUUAUGUGCUUGAGGGAAAACUUGAAAUGCCAAGGCUUUGGUCUGCAGAGCAACCAAAUUUGUAUACUCUUGUUGUCAUCCUCAAAGAUGCAUCUGGCCUUGUAGUGGAUUGUGAAUCAUGCCUUGUCGGCAUACGACAAGUAUCAAAAGCUCCCAAACAAUUACUUGUUAACGGCCAUCCAGUUGUAAUAAGAGGUGUUAAUAGGCAUGAACAUCAUCCACGUCUGGGGAAGACAAACUUGGAGUCAUGCAUGAUUAAGGAUUUGGUUCUGAUGAAGCAAAACAAUAUAAAUGCUGUAAGAAACAGCCACUAUCCCCAACAUCCCCGUUGGUACGAAUUGUGUGAUUUAUUUGGCAUGUACAUGAUAGACGAAGCGAAUAUUGAGACACAUGGCUUCUACUUUUCGGGACAUCUGAAGCAUCCUGCUUCAGAACCAAGUUGGGCUACUGCUAUGUUGGAUCGUGUGAUAGGCAUGGUAGAGAGAGACAAAAAUCAUGCUUCCAUUAUUUGCUGGUCUUUAGGAAAUGAGGCUGGAUACGGUCCUAAUCAUUCUGCUUCAGCUGGUUGGAUUCGAGGAAAUGAUCCCUCGCGGCUAAUUCACUAUGAAGGAGGUGGAUCCAGAACUCCAUCUACUGAUAUUGUAUGCCCAAUGUAUAUGCGUGUCUGGGACAUAGUGAAGAUUGCAAAAAAUCCAGCUGAAACACGUCCUUUGAUAUUAUGCGAGUAUUCACAUGCAAUGGGAAACAGCAAUGGAAAUCUUCAUGAAUAUUGGGAAGCAAUUGAUAACACAUUUGGUCUCCAAGGAGGCUUUAUCUGGGAUUGGGCCGACCUGGGAUUAUUGAAAGAGAGUGCUGAUGGUAGUAAACGUUGGGCAUAUGGAGGUGAUUUUGGGGAUACACCUAAUGAUUUGAACUUCUGUUUGAAUGGCUUAAUAUGGCCAGAUCGAACUCCUCAUCCUGCAUUACACGAAGUUAAGUAUCUCUAUCAAACAAUCAAGGUUUCCAUAAGAGAAAGCAUGGUCAAGAUAACCAACACUAAUUUUUUUGAAACAACGGAACAAUUGCAUUUCACCUGGGUUCUUCAUGGGGAUGGUUGUAUGCUUGGAUCUGGAGUUCUAUCUCUUCCCGUGAUACAACCCCAGAGCAGUUAUGAUAUAGAAUUGAAGUCGAGUCCAUGGUAUUCUCAAUGGGCUUCUUGUUCUGCAGAAGAAAUUUUUUUGACUAUAACUGGUAAACUUUUGGACUCUACACGCUGGGUUGAAGCUGGCCAUGUCGUUUCUUCUACACAAGUCCAAUUGCCUUCCAAAAGAGAAACUAUUCGUCAUGUCAUCAAAACUGGAGGUGCUGUUAUUCGCCACGAAACUAUUGGGGAUACAAUUCUGGUCAGCCACCAGAAUGAUUGGGAGAUAAAAUUUGACAUUCAGACCGGAGCUGUUGAAAGCUGGAAGGUUAAUGGAGUUCCUGUGAUGAACAAAGGCAUAUUUCCAUGCUUCUGGAGGGCACCUACAGAUAAUGACAAAGGGGGCGGUGAAAGUAGUUACUACUCCAAGUGGAAAGCUGCUCAUAUUGAUAGCCUUCUUUUUCAUACAAAGGGCUGUUCCACACAGAAUGUUACAGACGAUCUUGUGAAGAUAGCAGUGGUUUACUUUGGUGUGCCUAAGGGCGAGGGUUCCUCCUCUGAAAAGGAAAAACCAAAUGCUUUAUUUGAAAUUGAAUUGGUUUAUACAAUAUAUGGUUCUGGGAAUGUCAUUAUCGAAUGCAAUGUUAAACCAAAUGCUGAUCUUCCACCUUGGCCACGUGUUGGAGUUGAAUUCCACUUAGAAAAAUCAAUGGAAAAUAUCAAAUGGUAUGGUAGAGGACCGUUUGAAUGUUAUCCUGAUAGAAAAGCUGCGGCACAUGUUGGAGUAUAUGAUCAGAAAGUGGGUGACUUGCAUGUACCUUAUAUUGUUCCUGGUGAAUGUGGGGGUAGGGCAGAUGUUAGAUGGGUGACAUUCCAAAACAAGGAGGGUUUUGGAAUUUAUGCUUCAAUGUAUGACAACUCACCCCCCAUGCAGAUGAAUGCAAGUUACUACACAACCACAGAGCUUGACCGUGCAACACACAAUGAGGAUCUCUUAAAAGGAGAUAUCAUCGAGGUGCAUCUUGACCACAAACAUAUGGGUCUAGGAGGGGACGAUAGCUGGACGCCGUGUGUCCACGAUAAGUAUCUCAUUCCUGGUGUACCUUACUCAUUCUGUAUUAGGUUAUGCCCAUUAACUGCAGCCACAUCUGGCCAUGACAUCUACAGGUCCCAACUUCAGAACUAAGUCCUUUGAACAGAUUGUGUUACUUGAUACUUCAAUAAGAAUAAAUGAUGAUGAUGCGUGUUGCCGUUGUGCAUAUUGAAAGGUUCUCCUCAAGAUCUUUUGCUUUUUGUGACAGAAGUAGUUUUUCAUUUUCAUUGUAAACUGUAGUAGUUUUCCCCUUGUAGGAUAUUCUGGGCUGGUUAUGUGGUUCAAAAUGCUGUGUUCGAGAAUCCAUUUUCUGGGCAUACUUAUUGAAUAAAAAUAUAAAACUACUUUUCAUAUUUGCUUAUUUAUCUGGAUCUUCUCUA